AUGAGGCGGAUAGGUGAAGCGUAUAACGUAUACGCCGUGUUCAUCGGCAUGACGUCAUACAAAGUAACUGGUGGAAAAUUCAAGCAGUCGCGGAUUACCCAGAUAUAUUGCUUGGUUGUAAAUGCCAUCUGCUUGACGUUGCUUCCGCAGGGUUUCUGCAAAUCGGCCAGGAUAUUGGGUGCGGCGAAGUGGAUGCCUUCCUACAUGACGUUCGCUCCAUACAUCAUGUUUUCAACAAACUAUCUUACUAUAGCCUACAUCCUGAUCACGAGAUGGUACAGAGACGCCAUGUUGCUGGACUUGCAGCGUAUUACACUGGAAGUGAAUCGGGAAAUGUUGCGCACGGGAAAGAAAAUGAAUUCACUAAGUCGUCGAAUGUUUAUCAUCAAAGCAUUCACAUUGACCUACUUAUGUUUGUCGUAUAUUCUGGCGGUUUUCAUCUACCAGUGGAGAGUUCCAAGCUGGUCUCAUCUUUGCAAUGGACUUCUGAUUAACUUCUCCCUAACUAUCCUGGUUGUCACCACAUUCUUCUACUUCGUCUCACUAAUGCACGUGGCCAGAGGAUUCGACUUUGUCAACCAGCAGCUGGAGGAGAUCGUCUGCUCACAAUCGAUGGGCUUAAAGAAGAAAGAAGACGAACUCCGCAGCCUGUGGGCUCUGCAUAUAAAGCUGUGUAACACAGCCCGCAGGAUAAACAAGCACUACGGUCCCCAAAUGCUUGCCCUGCGAUUCGAUUACUUCAUAUUCUCUGUCAUCAACGUUUGUAUGGGCACGAUUUACUCGAUUUCCGAACAGGAGCCCAACCUUGAAAAGUUUUUCGGAUCUAUACUUUAUUGGACGCGGAGUGUAGAUUUCUUUCUGAACGACUAUAUCUGCAAUCUGGUCACCGAGUACCAAAGCCAGCCGAAGCUAUUUGCCACCGAAGGCUGCAUGUCCAACGAGCUGAGUUCCUACUUGAUCUACGAGAGCAGCACGAGAUUGGAUAUGUUGGUUUGUGGACUCUAUCCCGUUAACAAAGCGAAAUGGAUGCAGAUGGUAGGCUCCAUUAUAGUACACUCCAUCAUGCUGUUCCAGUUUCAUCUUCUAAUGCGAGGUGGUCACAGUAGCCACUAG